AUAUCCUAAUGAUAAGUGGCUCAAAGUCUCACCAGUCAUCGCCCAUAAUUCCCCACUUCAGGAGUCAACAUCCUCUGUGCUCAAUUUGAUUCAUCUCUUCACCAACAUCUCCAACCAUGAAGAGCUUCAGCUUCCUUGCAACUCCCACUACCGCUCACAAUUUUACCAACCCAACUACCUCUCUUCCUCCAUGUCCGACCCCUCACAAACCCAACCUGCUCACUCUCCAUAAGAUCACGUUUGACUCCAGGCGCACCCCUUCUCUCGUCACUCGCUGUUCCACGAAGCCCAACGCGGACAUCACCAAUGGAACCGAUAAAAAUCCAAGCUUUGAAUCCGGUCAUGGCUCGAAAUUCCUGGAAAAGGCAACACCCUCGUCAGAUAAUUACGCCUCCUCUUCGGCUUCUUCUUCCACGACAUUGCUUUGCUCAAGAGGUUUGGUGCUUGACUUGGGCCCUGCAAACUCGUGGGACAGUGCAGAAGUCGGGUCUCCAGUUGUGAAGAGGUUCUUGAGCGAUGAGGAAGAGAGGUGGUACAUGUGGUACCAUGGAAGCUCAGAUCAGGAUCCUAGUUCUGAUGCAAUUGGAUUGGCAGUUUCCAGCAAUGGGAUUCAUUGGGAGCGCGGAAGAGGAGCAUCGGUAACAUCCACCAAUGUUGCAGGUGUGGUAUUGAAUUGCAGCAAAGAUUGGUGGGCUUUCGACACAAUGAGCAUCAGGCCUAGUGAGGUGGUGAUUAUGUCCAGUAACAUAGUCAGAGCCUCCGGUGCUGUUUACUGGCUCUACUACACUGGCCAUACUUCUGAAAAUGUCAAGUAUUUCGAUGAUUCUUUUGAACUCGAUGUGAAAAACCCCGAAAGAUUCUGCAGCAGAAAAGGAGAGGUCUUCAAGUCCUUGCCGGGGUUGGCCAUGAGUCAGGAUGGCAGGCACUGGGCAAGACUUGAAGGGGAGCAUCACAGCGGAGCUCUGUUUGACGUCGGGUCAGAGAACGAGUGGGAUUUCCUGUUCAUAUCUUCGCCACAGGUCGUUUUCCAUGCGAAUGGAGAUUUGAGAAUGUAUUACCAUUCCUUCGAUGCGGAGAAGGGCGAGUACUGCAUCGGGAUGGCGAGGUCGAGGGACGGCAUCAAGUGGCUGAAGCUGGGGAAGAUACUGGGAGGGAGGAAAGGUUGCUUCGAUGAGGGAGGGGCUGUGAAUGCUCGUGUGUUGAAGAACAAGAAAGACGGCCAGUACUUGAUGGUGUAUGAAGGCGUGGGCCGACACGGAGAGAGGAGCAUAGGCGCCGCGGUUUCUUCGGACGGGUUGAAGGAUUGGAGGAGGCUUGGAGAAGAAGCAAUCCUGGGAAAAUCAGAUGGAGGAUGGGAUGGUGAAGGAGUGGGGAGUCCAUGCUUGGUUCAGUUGGAUGGGGAGGCAAGUGAGUGGAGGCUGUAUUACAGAGGUGUUGGCAGCGGAGGGAGGACCGGAAUUGGAUUGGCGAUCUCUGAUGGAAGUGAUUUGAGCGGUUUCCAAAGAUGGACAGGUUUUCAUAUCUGAAGACAUUGAAUUUUCUCUCCUUUUUGUCUGUCCGUUGCGCUCAGCGGAAGGACCCAUGGCUACCUGGCUGGAGGGGUGUCGAUUGCUUUGAGUUGUACUU